ACAUCUUUAGUCCAUAUAGUCAAUAAUGUCACUAAUGCCGAAGUAUUAUAUACAUACACUAGGACAACAAAAUAAAUGAUCAUUAGGUGGGUUAAUAGAUACCAAGAAUUUACAUACACAUACGCAUAAUAUCUCAAAAAUUAAAGAAUUAAUUUACAGCGAGAUAAUUAAAAAUUUUAGACGCAUAUGAUGAAAAAUUGGAUGAUCUACCGAACACGUGUAUCAUAUUUAACGAAAUUAGAAUAACCUUUAGAUCACUAAACAAAUAAUGAAAAUUUAGACAUAACAAUCUAAGGAAAGUUGAGAUCAACUAACUAACAACAUUUUUUUUUUUCCUUUUAGAAUAGAACCAACGACAAUAGUUAUUUUAUGCUUUUAUCAACAGGCAAUAGCAAUAAUACAUAUACAGAAAAAUAUAAUUUGUAGUUAUUUCAGCAGUGUUAAUUGACAAGGAUGCUCAAAUAUAGAAUCAUAACGAUAUUAUAUUGAAAUAGUACGGAGUACCAUUAUAAUGAAUAAAUAAAUAAAUAUUGACAGAUCAAACAUUAUAAUAACAAAUAAAUAUUGAUGGUCCACAAAAAAUGUGCUUUUAUAAAAUAGAUAAUACAUAUACACUACCUUAACUUAUACAAAAAGAAAAGAAAUCGUCAUACACCAACUCACCAAGGAAAUAAAAACAAAACUGUACCCUUUAGCAAAUAAAAAGAGAAGAGGGUCUUGCUUGUGACAUGUUAUAAAAACAAGAAAAACAAGCAGAAAAUCCCAACAAAAGCAAUUAUAGAGCAAAGUAGGGAAGAAAGAUGGUCUGUCAAGUUGUGAACAGUAAAAUUAUUUAUUUAGUGUAUGUUUAGAAGUGAUUUUCAAAUGAUUAAAAUCACUCCAAAUCAAGUAUUUAAUUAUUCAAAAUUAAUUUAAUCUUUUAAAUGCAACUUUCGUAUCCUCAAAAAUUGGUUUUGAAUGAUUAAAAAUACAUUUUGAACAAUUUUAAAAACGACAAAAAUGAUAAUCCAUUACAGAAUCACUCCAACAAAAAAAUACUCAUAGAGUUGUGAGAGUUGAUGAAAAUAAAUUAAAAGAUUAGGAAAUUCACGAAGUCAUGUAGAUUUUAGAAAUAGAAAACCAAGCAAAUAGUAUGGAAAAUGAGUAUCAAGUCUUGCUUCAACAGAAUACCAGGCAUCGGAAGAAGCAUCUACAGCAUCUACCCCAUGACAAGAUUUGAUACUCAUUGACAAAGGUAACAUUAUUGAGGGAGGGCCACGGAGGCAGAGUCCAAUCUCUGAGAGAUCCAAUAUUAAAGGUGAAUCUUUUUCUAUAAAGCUGUAGGGUCUAAGGGGAAAAAACAUUUAAUGUUGUCCUAAAAUUAAAACUCUCUCCCUCAUGGAAUUAAGGCUUCUUAGAAGAAAACCUACUUCUAAGCAUGCCAUCAUCUCAUGAAAUCAUCUAUUCAAAAUGGUAUUGUCAUUCAAAAGGUCAUUGUGAUAAUAUAUUGUUUGAAAGGCCAAAGCACAUCGACAUCGAUGCAGCUUGCGAAAAGAGGGAUGUCACUCCAUAUAGAACUUGGUGGGACGACCAAGUUGCUUUCGACCACGAGGUCUUCGUGGAGGUUUCUUUAAAACUUCUGCAACAAAGAGAGGACUUCCACAAUAAUUGUACUAUGUUUUGUUGGUGCUUCAUUGAUUUACAUGCCUCACAUACCCAUCUGUUCCCAACCAUUUUUCUCUCCUCUAUGGUAUAAUACCCAAAUUCUAAGCUCUGUCCUAAUUAAUGUUCUCCCAAUCAAACUUCUUAAUGUAGAGUACACUAGGAGAGAGAGAGCUUGAGUAAGAUAUUGUAAGGCAUGUAAAAUAUAGAAAUAAACAUGAAACUUUAGGGGCUCUGGAAAUUAUGAUUUUUCUUGAAAAUUUAAUUUUGAGAAAGAAGGUGAGAGAGGGAAAUUGUUGUACCACUGACUCCUCGUGGCAAUCACAUGCUCGGGGACCCACACGACACCUUACCUAUAAUGAUCAAAUACCUUUAAGACUUUGGACCAUUUUCCAUACAUCAACAUCUCCAAGGAAUUCCAGAUGGUCCAUUUCAACUCACCACUGCGCCCUUGAACUUGCUUCAGUUCAUUUCACUUUGUCACCUGACUUUUCUCAAAGCAAGUAAAAUAAUAGAAUCAAUAUUAUUCAAAAUAACUUACAUUGCUUUUAAUAGGAGUCACCCGACAAUCUUCAACGUCCAUAGCUCCUCUCCUUACAUGUUUAUACAUAUUGAUUUCAGCACAGCAAAUCUGCACUUUUGAGUUCUUUACCCAAUUUACUAUUUAUGUUUGCAUCAGUCUGAGUGAUAAUAUGAUCCAUAAGUUGUACAGAAAUAAUCAUCGUGAAAUAUCCUAAUGUAUCAGAGAACAAAAACCUAAAGAAACCAACCAAACAUGACUCCGAAACAGUUUCACUUUUUUUUUUCUUUUUUUUCCUUUUUGGUAUAUUUUGGAGUCAAAACUUUGCCCACCACAAGGCCCAAGCCUAGGAGACAUCAAAAGAUUUUUGUAUUAAGCUCGUAUGAAGGUUCGAACUUAGAACCUCCAAGUCAGUUUCUGGUUUGUUGUAUUUAACUUAAGUGUGAGAACUUAUCAACGUUAAUACUUCAGUGGCAUGAAAUCACUAUUAAAAAAUUUAGAAGGAUGAAUAAAUUCAUCUAUUUAGGGAAAGUAAUAAGUCACUCAUGAAAGCAUAAUUAAAAAAAUGAAUAUAGAAAACAGUUAUCGAACAUAUCGUUCUUAAGGGGCAGAGAGGAGGGGAAUUAAAUGACAUCAGCAACUUUUCUCUCAACCAAAUGCCCCUUAACAACAUUAGAACCCAAGCUGAGCUAAUAAAGACGCCUACCCACCCAAGACAAGACAGUAAGUAAUAACGUCUGCACCCAAGUCGAAACUGUUCAUUGGAUAAACAAGCUCUUUAAAUUCUCUUCUUCCAUCUCCAAUUACCUUGAGCCCUUCUACACCACUUCUUUUCUCUUUGCCUCAUAAAGGAAAACAAAGAGAAGUUCAAUAUUUAGAAACAUGGGGUCACUAUUUUCUAGCUUCCUCAACCACAAAAAAAUCUUAAUCUUCAAAAUUUCCAUGAUCCUAUUCAUGAACUGUGCAACUUAUAAACCCAACCUUUGUUUCACCAAGUGUUUUGGGGAGCCAACAGGUGACCUUCCUAUAAAGUCUUCUUCCAAAGUGCUUUCAUCCUUGGAAACAAUAAGCCUAGAUGGAUACUUUAGCUUUAAAAACAAUCAAGAAGCAGCUAAAGAUUUUGGCAAUAGAUAUCAUAUGCUACCCUUAGCAGUUCUACAUCCAUAUUCGGUUCGUGACAUUUCAAUUACAUUAAAGCAUAUUUUUCAAAUGGGUUCGGGAACAGAACUUACAGUUGCUGCAAGAGGCCACGGCCAUUCUCUUCAAGGUCAGGCACAAACCUUGCAAGGCGUAGUUAUCAACAUGGAAUCCCUUAAGGAACCAGCCAUGCAGGUUCACAAUGGAAACCUGCCAUGGGUGGAUGUCCCUGGAGGAGAGCUGUGGAUAAAUAUCUUACAUGAAACACUUAAAUAUGGCUUAACACCAAAAUCUUGGACCGACUACCUUCAUCUUUCCGUGGGUGGUACUCUAUCAAAUGCUGGUAUUAGUGGGCAAGCUUUUAGGCAUGGACCUCAAAUCAGUAACGUUCACCAGCUAGAAGUUGUCACAGGAAAGGGAGAGAUAAUUACCUGUUCAGAGCAGGAGAAUGCAGACCUGUUUUACAGUGUACUUGGAGGCCUCGGUCAGUUCGGCAUCAUCACAAGGGCAAGGAUAUCUUUAGAAUCAGCACCAAAAAUGGUAAAGUGGAUAAGAACCUUGUAUUCAGACUUUGCCAUAUUCUCCAAGGACCAGGAGCAUCUGAUAUCCUCCAAGUACUCCUUUGAUUAUAUUGAAGGCUUUGUUUUAAUAAAUAGAACUGGUAUUCUCAAUAAUUGGAGAUCUUCCUUUGAUCCCAAAGAUCCAGUUCAAGCCAGCCAAUUCAUCGCAGACAAUACAACUCUGUAUUGUUUAGAAAUGGCCAUGUACUUCAACUCCGAAGAGAAAGAAACUAUGAACAAGAGAGUUGAGAAGCUGCUAUCGCAAUUGAGCUACAUUCCAGCCACUCUCUUCCUAUCAGAAGUUCCUUACGUGGAGUUUCUGGAUAGAGUGCAUAUAUCUGAGAAAAAACUCAGGACAAAAGGAUUGUGGGAGGUACCUCAUCCUUGGCUGAAUCUAAUGAUCCCAAGAAGCAAAAUACAUGAUUUUGCGACAGAGGUGUUUGGCAAAAUUCUUUCAGAUUCUACCAGCGGUCCCAUCCUAAUCUACCCAGUCAAUAAAUCCAAGUGGAACAAUAAAACAUCAUUGGUCACACCAGACGAAGAAAUUUUCUAUUUAGUGGGUUUCUUAUUUUCUGCACUGCCAACUUCAACCGGAAAAGAGAGCUUACAAUACAUUUUAGCCCAAAACCAAGUAAUUCUGGACUACUGUGCCAGGUCCCUUGAAGGAUGUAAGCAAUAUCUGCCUCAUUAUACCUCCCAAGACGAGUGGCAAGCUCAUUUUGGCUCCAAAUGGCGGGUACUGAUGGAGAGGAAAUCUGCUUAUGACCCAUUGUCAAUCCUUGCACCAGGACAAAGAAUCUUCCAGAAAGUCACUUCUGUACAACAUCUUAUAUACAAAACAAAACACAAAAAGAGUAUCCUAGAGGAAGAGAAUGUCAAAAUGAUUUGAUAAAGGUAAAUUAAAUAAGAAGUGUAUUCUAUCAUAAUAAUACCAUUAAUCAAAACAAA